GUGGCUCAAAGAGAGCAGCGACCUCGUGGAUAUCUGAGUCUUCACCAGCACAUCGAGAGAGACAGAGAGAAGCAGCUGACAGGACGACUCAGGAGAAAGCAAAGAUGCAGUGGAGUCUGUUCGUGCUCCUUCUGAUGGGUCAGUGUUCCUUCUCCACAUGUCACCUCUAUGAGUACCACUUCAUUCCUGAGGGAAAGACCUGGGAGGAAGCCCGGAGUUACUGCAGAGAGAACUUCACUGACCUGGCCACAGUGUCUGACAUGAGAGACGUGGAGAGACUGACUAACUCUUCACAGACUACAGAUGCCUGGAUUGGACUGAGGAGCAUCAAUGAAAAAAGUAUCAAAGAGUGGCACUGGUCUCUGCCGGGGGAGAAGUACUAUCCUACUGAAUGUGAACCAGGAUGUGAAACAGAAUGGGGUCUAAAGCAGCCGAACAAUGAUGGUAACAAUCCUGAGAACUGUGUGGUGAUUUGGCCCUCAAAAAAAUGGCACGAUGUCCCUUGUUCUGAAAGCUUUAAGUUUAUCUGCUACAAUGCAACAGUGCCACAGACAUACCAUUUGAGUCCUUGUGAGAAGAACUGGCUUCAGGCUCAGAGCUACUGCAGAGAACAUCACACUGACCUGAUCAGUGGAAUCACACACAUCAAUUCAACAGAAUUCAAGGAUUGGGUUCAGAAACAGGAUGUCUCUUCUAACUUGUGGAUCGGCCUGUUCAGAGACACCUGGAGUUGGUCAGAUGGGAAGAAUGUCUCUUUCAGACACUGGGAUCCGGACUCAUUUGAAGAUGAAGACAAAAAGACUUGUGCUACGACUACGCCAAAUGGAAAAUGGAGCUCCGACACCUGCACAAAGGAAAAACCCUUCUACUGCUAUGACGAUAAAGUGAUCCUGAUCAAUGAGAGUAAGACUUGGGAUGAGGCCCUGACUUACUGCAGAGAGAAGCACCAUGACCUGGUCUCCAUCACUGACCGUCACCAGCAGAGAUGGGUCGAAAAGAGAGCCAAGAUGGCCGACACUCCCGUCUGGCUGGGAAUGCGCUACACCUGCACUCUGGACCUGUGGUUCUGGGUCAUUGAUCGUCUGGUCUGCUAUCACAACUGGGCCCCAGACGAAGAGGCUGAGUGUGGCAUGGCUGCAGUCAUGGAGAGAGAUGGAAAGUGGUACAAAAAGGCUGACAAUGAAAAGUUUCAUUUCAUCUGUGCUAUAUAAACCCAUUUGUAUAUUUACUGCAACAAGCUCAUUCUUCUCUAAUAUGUAUCUGCUCUCUGGGUUUAUUGAAUGGCUCUAGUUCAAAUAUAGAAAUCACAACCUGAAGAGGGGAGAAACUAAAUUACUAACAGAUUACUAACUGAAAUUGAGAAAAAGGGGCGACACUAAAACAUACAUUUGCCUCUGUGAACAUCUGAAUUACUUUAUGAUGUGGACUUGUUGUAGUAGUUAUUGAUAUAAUGCAUAUUUAUCCUCUCAAAGUGUGAAACCUGUAAUCUUCAUUUGAAUUGUUGUGUCCUAUUAUAUGUUUAUGAGAAAAAAUAUAUAAAAAGACAAAUCUAUUACGUUUUGCUUCUUUUUUAAAAAUAUAUUUUAUGUAAUGGUUGAAUUUUGGUGAUGGUUAUAAUAUCACUAUUUUUGUCAUAUUUACCUUUUUAUCAAGUUUUAACUAGUUGUUUAACUGUCUAAAGCUGAAUAAACGAUCCGACCAAAAAACAGGAUGUGGUGCUUUCUUCCACUGGCUUUACUUAUGAAUGUUUUACAUUUACAAACCGUGUUCUGCUAGAGCAACCUCCCUCUUCUCCAUCCUCAUCGUUCUGAACCAUUUUCAGUGUUGACAUUAAACCACCAGUUCACCUUCAAAGUCAUAAAGUCAAGUCAACUUUAUUGUCAAUCUUCUAGUUUGUGUGUACAGACAGAGGGAUCAAAAUACCGUUUCCCAAA